AUGAAACUGAAGCCUGGAUUUAUUUUCAAUUUUUUGUAUCUUGACAAAAUUCAUGUCUUGCUGUCAGUUAGGAAUACUGUGCUCCUUUUAGAGUAUUUUAAACUUUUGGAUGUUCAUGACAGCAGGACUUUAAACGAUGUUCAGUUUUUUCACUUCCUUCGAUGCAUCACAGACAUGAGCAGACAACACAUCAGAAAGACUUUCAUUAUGUUUGAUUGGAGAGCCUCAGGGGAGAUUGGAUUUGAUGAGUUUUACAUGUUAAUUUGCAUCAUAAUUGCCAACAAGGAUAAAAUGGAGCAGCAGUUUCUUUAUCGUCAUUCUCGCUCCAUCUUUGACCUGUUUGAUAUGGAUGGGGAGCAUACCAUUUCCCCAGCUGAAUUUUAUGCUGCAGGAUUUCUCUUCAAUAUCAAAGGACGUGCCUUUUUGCAGAUGUUUCAGGAUUAUAGUGGAAAUAGUGGUGAGUUUUAUGUACACAGGCAAUUAAAUCAUUUUGCUCGUUGA